CUCUCUCUCUCUCUCUCUCUCUCUCUCUCUCUCACUCUCUCUGUUACCUUAUCCAUCUCUAUCUCUGGCACUGACCAACCAGCUCUCCAGAGCUAAGGAGGAGAAGAGACAGACUAGACUGCAAGGGAUUGACAGACAGAAGGACAGACAGACAGAGUGACGGGUCCUCGUUGGGGACCUGGAAAAAGUUGAGGACAUUUCCGUAGUGGAUGACAGCUGAGAGAGAGAGGGGUCCUGUGUAAAGGUCGGCUGUGACAGCAGUGUUUCCAUGGCUCUGGAUGGUUUCAACAAUCUCCUCCACAAACUGAGGGAGUCCCACGACCGAGAGGUCCAAAAAUGGCAAGAGAAAUUGCAGGAGCUAACCAAUAAAAAGGGCUGUGACACAAAGAGAAUGGAGGAGCUGUUCAACAGGAACCAACAGCUGAGAGAGCAGCAGAGGUUACUCACAGACAACAUCAAACAGCUGGAAAACAGGUUGAGGGCGGGGCUGUGUGACAGGUGUACUGUGACUCAGGAUGUGGCCAAGCGCCGGCAGCAGGAGUAUGAGACCUCUCAGAUCCAGAGCCUACAGCACAUCUCCAUCCUGGCUGGAGAGAUGAACAUGAUGAAAAAGGAGAACCAGAGGCUGCGAGAGGAAGUCAGGCAUCUGAGAGUGGCACUAGAAGGUCAGAGUGGACAUUCCUCCUCCCAGGAUGCACCUCCAGAGGUCAGAUAUUCGGCUGACCUUUCACCUUCUGCUAUGCCACACAUCCUCACAGCCAUCAGGUCUUUUAACCAGCCACCAGAGGGCGCCACUGCAGGGCUGUCCAUAGUGAAGACUGAGACAGACCACAGCCUCUCUUUUAGAGUUGACGAGACACUACCUGAAAGCAGAGAUGUGAGGGGAUUGAAUGGAAAACAAUCCUAUGAAUCCCAUAAGCUCCUAUCCAUGUCCACUCCCAUCACACAAGCAUUGAGGCCAGAGCACAGUACCGCCAGAGGCAACACUGGGCAGAAGAGAGCCCAUAGUGUGGAGGUGGUUGGUCAGCAACGCUCCCCUGUCGCUCCCACCAUUCCACACCCCCUACUUGUCCAGAAAGACAGGCCUCUCCCCUCUUCAUCCUCCUUCUCAUCCUCCUUAUCCACCUCUUCCUCUCUACCUGGAGAUGAGAAGCACAGCCGUCACCUGGUCCAUGCUCCGGUCCCUUACUGGCCACACCCAAUCAAAAGUGCCCGUCUCUCCCUCCCCUGGCCACUGCCGGAGCACUCCGACUGGGUCACCGUGGCCACCUCUGUGGACGACGGUUUGGUGUCUCAAUCCAAACAUAACCCCAACCUACCACGCUUCCCCAAUCUACAGACCUACGUCCAGCAGAACAGCAGCCUUGGGAAGGCCUGGCUCAAGCCCAGCCACCCUCCCCAGGCCAGCCUGACCAGGAGUCUGUCCACUGAGCACGGAGAGAGACCAACAGCAUGGGUACAGGACCAUGAAAGGAGGGUGGCGUCACACUCAUGGAGGGAGGCAGUGGUGCAGGCAGAGAUGGUGUUCGGGGAGAGUCUGAAAGAGGCUGACUGUCCUCUGGACCUGUCUGAUCCUGGGAGGUCCAAAAGCAUUAAGUCACUACAGGACAGCAAGGCCAGCCCCACGCUACAGUACAGCAAGGCCAGCCCCACGCUACAGUACAGCAAGGCCAGCCCCACGCUACAGGACAGCAAGGCCAGCCCCACGCUACAGGACAGCAAGGCCAGCCCCACGCUACAGUACAGCAAGGCCAGCCCCACGCUACAGUACAGCAAGGCCAGCCCCACGCUACAGUACAGCAAGGCCAGCCCCACGCUACAGGACAGCAAGGCCAGCUCCACGCUACAGGACAACAAGGACAGCCCCACGCUACAGGACAGCAAGGCCAGCUCCACGCUACAGAGCCAGGCCUGUCCCCCCUCUUCCUCAUCCUCCUCUUCCUCCACACCUGCUCUUCCUUCAUCCUCCUCUUCUACACGUCCCACCAGCCAACAGAGACAAAGCCCCAACAACCACAACCUUAAGGAGGAAGAGCAGCCAGAGAAGGAGGAAGCUGAGGGGAAAGUAGAUCAAAAGACAGGAAAGGACUCUGAGGACAGGAAAGUCCCUGUUCUGACCAUCUCAUUGCGCCCAGUGGUGCUCCUUGAGGCUCUGAAUUCUGGAUUGCAGAAGCAACUUUUCUCCAACGGCAAGUUCGAUGUCAGAAAGAGGAACAAGGAAUUGUGGUCCCCAGGAGGAUCUCUCUCAGCUGUGUUCCACCCUGACUGCAACGGAGAUGACGCCCUCACGGGGACAGAGGGGCAGGCAGUACCAAAGACUUGGACAGGACGUCUUCCAUCUGACUGUUGUCCUCAUGGGAAUAGCUAGUGGGCUUUAUUCAUUUCAAUGGAAUAACCUUGAUAAUGACUAACUAGAUAAUAACAUUGGAUACAUAUUGAAUCCUCCUCCAACUGAUAAAGAUUUUCCUUCACACUGACUUCCUGCUGUUGUCUCUGAAGGGGAAUAAGUCUGCUGCAGCAAAUACUUUAUUUUCCUCUCUCUCUCUCUCUCUCUCUCGCUCUCUCUCUCUCUCUCUCGCUCUCUCUCUCUCUCUCUC